AUGAAUUUGAUGCGAAUGAAUAAUAUUAAGAAUAGGAAGGGGAGAAUGUGGAAGGGGAAAGUGUUGUAAUAAGUAAAUUGAAUAGUGAGAAAAUAUUGUUAGGAGAAGAAGUGAAGGGGUUAAAAUAAACAAUAAUAUAGUAUAAGUUAUGUUUGAAUUUAGAAUAAAAUAGGAGUACGAUAAUAUAACAAAAGAUUUCUAUUCAUUGAGCAAACAAACUGAUAAAACAAAAAGUUAAUUUACAUAAAGUAUAAAAAUAUAUAAAAAAUAAAUACGAUUCAGGAAGAAUUGGUUUAAAAAAAUAAAGAAUUAAAACAUAAAAGAAGAUAAUAUUAGGAGGCUUUGAAUUAUAUUAGUUAAUAAUAGACUAAUGGUUAAUAAUUGUAUAAUAAUUCAACAAUUAAUGAGUUAUCAUAGACAAAUUAAUAAUUAAUUACUUAAAAUUAAUAAUUAAAUAGAACAAUAUCAAAAUUAAAAGGAGAUUUAGAUGAUGUAAAGAAAGCUCAUUAAGAAGCAUUAAUUGAAGCUGAUAUGUUAAGUAGAAAUUUAGAAUAAUAAUAAUUGUUGUGUGAAUCUACAAAAAAUCAAAGAGAAGAUGUAACAAUUAAUAAAUAUUAUUAUUAGAUUUCAUAAGAAUUAGAGAGAGUUAUUAGAAUUGAAGAGUAAUAAUUUUAAUAAAGAAUUACAUUGUUAAGAUCUCUAAAAGAUGAACUUACAGAUACAAAAUAGAGAAGUUUAUUAAAUUUGAGAAGAUAUAAUUAUUGA